CUCUGAGGAGAUAAAAUGGCUUCCAAGUUAGAGGAGGAUCUCUGCUGUCCGAUCUGUCUGGAAAUAUUUAAGGAUCUGGUUCUUCUGUCAUGUAGCCACAGCUUCUGUAAGGAAUGUCUGCAGAACUGGUGGAAAGAGAAACCAGUAAAAGAGUGUCCAGUUUGUAAGAAGAGAUCUAGAGAGGAACCACCUUUAAGUCUGCUUCUGAAGAAUCUGUGUGAGUCUUUGUUACAGCAGAGAAACCAAAAAGCUUCAGAGGGUCUCUGCUCUCUGCACUCUGAGAAACUCAAACUCUUCUGUCUGGACCAUCAGCAGCCAGUUUGUCUCGUCUGCAGAGAUUCAGAUUUACACACCAACCACAGAUUCAGACCCAUCGAUGAAGCGCUCAAGAAGAACCUUCAGGAAACUCUGGAGCCUUUAGAGGAGAAGCUGGAGCUCAGGAAGAAAGUUCAGGAGGAGUUUGAUCAGACAGCAGAACACCUGGAGGUCCAGGCCCGACACACAGAGAGGCAGAUUAGGGAGCAGUUUAAGCAGCUUCAUCAGUUUCUAGCAGAGGAAGAGGAGGCCAGGCUGGCUGCACUGAGGGAGRAAGAGGAGCAGAAGAGAGGGAUGAUGAAGGAGAAGAUGGAGGCUCUGAGCAGAGAGAUAGCAGCUCUUUCAGACACAGUCAGAGCCACAGAGGAGGAGCUGAGAGCUGCAGACGUCUCAUUCCUGCACAACUACAAGGCUGCAGUGGAAAGAGUCCAGCGCUGCCCCCUGCUGGAGGAUCCACAGCUGCCCUCARGAGCUCUGAUAGACCAGGCCAAACAUCUGGGCAACCUGGCCUUCAACAUCUGGAGCAACAUGGAGACCAUGGUGACCUACACUCCUCUGGUUCUGGACCCAAACACGGCAAGUCCAUACCUGUACCUUUCUGACGAUCUGACCAGUUUGACUAGAGGAGAGAAAAAGCAGCUUCCUGAUAAUCCAGAGAGGUUUGACUACUGUGGUUCUGUUCUGAGUUCUGAGGGUUUUAACUCCGGAAACCACAGCUGGGAUGUUGAUGCUGGAGACAGUUCUUACUGGAGACUUGGUGUGAUGGAAAAGUCUCUUAAGAGGAAGGGUGACAUAGAAUCUGGAUAG